AUGGCGAACCGUUACAAUCCAUACACAGUGCGAAAACAGCCCGCAAAACAAUUGGGCGUAUCUGACCCCAAGAAUUGGGCCCAUACGCCUGGGAGGUGGGUCGCCUUCGGCGCCACUGCCGAGCAAGACCCACCUUCAACCUCUAACUGCUUCGUCGAGAACACCAGUGGCAGUGAGGAAUGCUUCAAAUUUGACGUCACCGGCACACCAUACUACCGUUUUCAGUGCACACCUCGGGCCUGUGGCAACCCCAAAUGCCAGGGCAACAGCAGGGUCCUGAUGAACUUCACGCCUCCGGGGUGGGACCUGGGUCACCCUGGAUUUGGUGCGUACGGUAACCCGAUGAAUCCGGAUUAUCAGGGGACAAAGGACCAGGGGUUCUUUAUUGAACAGGACGGCCAGUUGGUGUGGAAUAGUGCGAAGUGGGGAGCUGAACAGCCGCCAGGAUGGGGUCAUUAG